ACAAAACUGUACUGUGUAACAUCAUUAACAAUAAAAUAUUAAAGUUGUUUUUUAUUCCUUUUCGAUCAAAAAAGUCAAUAACCUUUGGUAUUUAUCUUCAACUUGCAACUUGCUUAGGGUUUGCACUUCCAUUUUCUCACCUGUUUCUUCUUCUGGGUUUAGUCAAGGGCUAGUUGGAUUUUAAGGUUUUUUGUGGAGGAGAGAUAAGAUAAGAAGAUGGUUAUUGAUGGGCAGUAGGGGAAGAAUUGCUGAGGAUACUAACAAAAUUGCCAACGGGAUGCCGAGUUACGCGCCUCCAUUGCCGCCGCCUAAUUCCAUGGGCAUGGAAGGAACUAAUAUUCAUCCUUCUCGAAUUUCUGAUUUUGGAGCCCUUGAACAGUCUCUAGGAUUUCGUGUUGAGGAUGCCAUGAAUCUUAGCAGAAAUCCAGUGUUUAAUCAAAUGAAAGCAAAUAGCCAAGCUUUAGGUGCUGAUAUUCAAUUUGGUGCUCUAAGUAAGUCAAUUGCAAACUCGGAUAUAAAUCUCUCUGCUGCCAUUGCUGGAUCUCAGACAUUGCAACAACAAAAAGACUUGCAGCCGAAUUUGGCUUCAACAUCUGGCGGCCAUCGCGAGAAUUGGGGAGAGUCCAACAUGGGUGAUGGAAGCCCUGAUACUUCAACAGAUGAUACAGAAGACAAGAAUCAAAUGGCUGAAAGAGGAGAAUCAAGUGAAAGAUCAAAAGAUAAAUCAGAUCAAAAGACGUUAAGACGGUUAGCUCAAAAUCGCGAGGCUGCCAGAAAAAGCCGACUGAGGAAAAAGGCAUAUGUGCAACAAUUAGAGAGCAGUAGGCUGAAACUGACCCAACUGGAGCAAGAACUACAGCGAGCACGCCAGCAGGGGAUUUUUAUUUCAAGCACUGGAGAGCAGACUCAUUCACUGAGUGGAAAUGGCGCGAUGGCAUUUGAUGCAGAAUAUGCACGAUGGUUAGAAGAGCAUAAUAGGCAAACCAAUGAACUAAGGGCUGCGAUAAAUUCUCAUGCGGGGGACAUUGAACUCCGUACCAUUGUGGAAAAUUUCAUGACUCAAUUUGAAGAUAUCUACAGGCUGAAAGGUGUUGCAGCAAAAGCCGAUGUUUUCCACAUUCUAUCAGGAAUGUGGAAGACUCCAGCUGAGAGGUGUUUCAUGUGGAUUGGAGGCUUUCGGUCAUCCGAAAUUCUUAAGGUGAGAGAUUUCUCAUUUGUCUAUUCUCCAUUGGUCUAUAAUAUUCUAUCAUUUUUCUUUCUUUUUCUCACGUCAUGCCGAUCUCAACCUGGAUUUCCAUCCUUGCAGCUUCUUGUAAGUCAUUUGGAGCCUUUAACCGAGCAACAAUUAAUGGGCAUCUACAACUUGCAACAGUCAUCCCAACAGGCCGAAGAUGCUCUCUCCCAAGGAAUGGAUGCAUUGCAGCAAUCACUUUCCGAGACUUUGGCUAAUGGUUCACCUAACCCAUCAGGCUCUUCUGGAAAUGUGGCUAACUACAUGGGCCAAAUGGCCAUGGCCAUGGGAAAGCUCGGUACACUUGAGGGCUUUCUUCGCCAGGCUGAUAAUCUGCGGCAGCAAACAUUGCAACAAAUGCUUCGAAUAUUAACAACCAGACAAUCAGCUCGAGCUCUUCUUGCAAUAAGCGAUUAUUUCUCCCGGCUGCGAGCCUUGAGUUCUCUAUGGCUUGCGCGGCCAAGGGAGUAAACUGUUCCAAACCUAAAUUUAUGUUCAUUCAAGCCUGACAUGUUAAAAGAUUGAUCAUAUAUAUAAAUAUCUUCCACGUUCUGCAUGAAACCAGUGUCUUUUGGCAAAUGAAUUCCUAUUGUGAAGAAGAAGCCUAGUUGUGAAACCAUGAUUUUUCUAUUCUCAUCCACCUACUGCUGGUGUGGUACAACAUUUUUCAUUAAGCUUUUCUAUGUUUUGAUAAAUAGUGUUCAAUAAUUUGAUUAUAUAGGUGUAUGAUAGAUAGAGUUGGAAGGUGAAAAAUGUAGAAGUAGGUUAAAGUUGUUCAUUGUAUUUCAGAAAUCAAGCUUAUAUAAGGGUGUUUUCCUCUCUUUAUGAUGGUCUGUGGUUGGUGGUUGCACAGUGGUGUAUGUUUGUAUAUAUACUUUUUUUUUUUCUUGUGGUGUAUUGGGAAGAUAUUAUUGACUAGUAAUUUAAUUAAUGUGUAUCAGUGACAAAUAUUUGUA